UAAAGUGAAAGAUAAUUCUUCGGUAAAUCCUCGUAAAUUCAAGAGAAUAUUCUUUUGCUUGAUUUGUAUUUCGUCUUUUUGAUACUUUUCACUUGAAAAUGGAAGUUAAUUUUCGAACAAAUGGAACAGACGUUAGGGUUAAUGUUCCAGUUCAUGGUGAGUUGACAAUUCACAUUAACCCUGUUGCCCGACUCGUACCACAGAUUGACGGCAGAUUAUACGUUAAUGGAGCCCGUGUUUAUCCUCAGGCUGGUGGCGGGUUCACAAUCAAUGUUAACCCUGUUGGCCUACUCCUACCACCACCUCAAGCUGGUGAUGUUAAGGAGGAACAUGAAUCUGAAAACCAUAAACUCCCUUAUCCAUCUCUGAAAGCUAACCCUAAGGUUUUCUUUGAUAUGACGGCUUGCGGUAAAUCUAUUGGUCGGAUCGUGAUGGAGCUCUUUGCCGACACGACCCCUCGGACGGCUGAGAAUUUCCGCGCACUCUGUACAGGCGAGAAAGGCAUGGGGAAGAAGGGUAAGCCCCUCCAUUACAAAGGAUCAGUCAUCCACCAUAUGUGCGCCGAUUAUAUGAUUGGCGGAGGAGAUUUCACUCACGAAAUUAAAGGAUGCGGAGGCGAAUCAAUCUACGACAGUGGGUUUUUCGAGGAUGAGAACUUCAUCAAAAAGCACACCGGUCCAGGUAUCCUCUCCAUGAACAACGGUGGUCCUGACACCAACCAAUCUCAAUUUAUGAUCUGCUUGACGGAGUGCCCGGAACUCGACGAUGAACACGUCGUGUUCGGCCAAGUUGUUGAAGGAUUGGAUGUGGUCAGGAUUAUUUCAAAGAUAUCUGUUAGGGACAAGCUUUCCAGGCCCGUGGUGAUCGCCGACUGCGGUCAGAUUUCAUAGAUCUGAGAUAUUUUCAAGUACAAUGGUUGGCUUGUGUCCUUUUGAUGUUUGGUCGGGUGCUUUUUUCUUUUUGUUUCUCUGUUUUUCUUUUUCUUGAACUUAGAUAUUGGCUACCAUUGAAAAAUGAUAACCAUCAUCAGUUUUAGCUAUAGUUUCUAUUGCAGAAACAUGUCAGAAAAUCUGCUUAACCGUUUUUAUCUAGUGUUUUUAUACGUU